AUGGUUAAAGCACGUAAAUAUGUGGUCAAAAGGCGAUUUGAAGGAAAGCCAAAAAGAGAUGAUUUUGAAAUUGUGGAAUAUGAAUUACCUCCUUUGAAAGAGAAUGAAAUUCUUGUUAAAACCGAAUGGAUAAGUGUUGAUCCAGCUCAUCGAUACUCUAAUGCAUUCAUUCCCAUUCCUUAUGAUCAGUUUGGCUUUCAAAUUGGGAAAGUCCUAGACACCAAAGACGCCAAAUAUCCAGUCGGAACAAAAGUCGUAUCACAUAUAGGAUGGUGUGAUUACGCGAUACUAAAAGAAUCUCAAUAUGAGUGGAACAUAAUAUAUAAGCUCCCUGAGUUAGAAGGCCUUCCGACAGAAUUGGGUAUUGGUGAUAUAGGAAUGCCGGGUGCGACUGCGUAUUUUGGUUUUCUCGAAAUUUGUAAGCCUAAAAGUGGUGAAACAGUAGUUGUAACCAGCGCAGCUGGUGCUGUGGGCUAUAUAGUUGGACAGAUCGCAAAGAUCAAAGGUUGUAGAGUCAUAGGAUUUACUGGCUCUGAUGCUAAAGUGAAAUGGUUGGAAGAAGAAAUAGGAUUCGACAAAGCUAUCAAUUACAAAACCGCAGAUAUUCCGAAAGCUCUUAAAGAAGCUGCUCCGAAUGGAGUGGAUUGUUAUUUCGAUAAUGUAGGUGGCGAAAUUAGCAGCAUAAUUCUGUCUCAAAUGAAUUUAUAUGGUAGAGUUUCUAUAUGCGGCAGUAUUAGCACUUAUAACUUUGCUCCAAACGAAAUGCCUAAAGCAUUAUUGACUCAGCCAAGCAUUUUACUAAAAGAAUUAUUACUAGAAGGCUUUAUUGUGACUCGCUGGAGUCGAGAAAAGUGCUGGCCACAAGCAUUUACUCAUAUUAAAAAGUGGAUCAAGAGCGGGCAAAUCAAGUACAGAAGUCACAUUACUGUAGGUUUUGACAAUGUGUUUGAUGCGUUUAUAGGUAUGUUAGAUGGAGAAAAUUUUGGUAAAGCAUGUGUUAAGAUU